UAUAGCCUCCCUAGAAUGACUGGCCUAAAAAUAGUUGAGUGAAAGACAAGCUUGCUGUCCCAAUAUCUCUGCAGAAGACAGUGUGUUCCUCGCCUAGCCGCAACAAAAAUAAAGAGAAUAAUGUGUGAUUUCUUCUUUUUUCACUAAUAGGCAAACACCAAACAGCUGUUGCUAAGAUCUGAAUGCAUUAAGGUCAUAGGUCAGAGUCUCGUCAUGGUGCGCAAUGUAGACGACCUAGACUUCUGCCUCUCUUCCCAUCCACAGAGCGUCUUAGAGGGCCUGCGCUCUCUCUGUUCUCAACCUAAAUUUGUGGAUGUCACCUUGAGUGCCGGUGGGCGGGAUUUCCCCUGCCACCGCGGCAUCCUCGCUGUCUGCAGCCAUUACUUCCGUUCCAUGUUCUCUGGAGAUUUUGUGGAGAGCAUUGCUGCUCGCGUAGAGCUUCACAAUGUAGAUCCAAAUGUGUUGUCGACCCUGCUAGACUUUGCUUACACGGGAAAACUCACAAUUAAUAAAAACAAUGUGGAGGGACUUAUUUGUACUUCCAGCCAGCUCCAGUUCCAUGCCGUUCGUACUGUAUGCACCCGAUAUCUGCAGCACCAGAUUGAUGCCACAAACUGCUUGGGAAUUCUUGAAUUUGGAGAGAUCCAUGGCUGCCCUGAAGUUGUUGCCAAAGCCUGGAGCUUCCUCUUAGAGAACUUUGAGGCUGUGAAACAACAUGAGGAGUUUUUGCUGAUGGAGAAAGACAGGCUGGUUGCCUGCUUGAAUGACGAGGAUCUGAAAAUAAGAGAUGACUGUUCUUGUGUUGAGGCAGUUUUGGCAUGGGUCAGGCAUCACAGGGAAAGUCGGAUACAUCACCUGCGAGAACUCUUGAGCUUGGCUAAACUUGCUCUACUCUCACAAUCUUAUCUCACAAAGAAUUUGCUUGAAGAGCCACUGGUACAGGACUCAAAAGAUUCCAAAGAGUUGGUAGAGAGAAUAUGUAAAGAGAAACAAGAAAUGACAGAGGACAAAUCAGGGCAGAGAGUUGCUCAGAAUUGCCUCAACCUGCAGGAGGUUUUAUUUGUGAUGGGUGGUCGCUCACUGGAUGACACGGAUGAUGAGGAUGAAGAUGAUGAAAGUAAUGAAAGGUUGCAGCCUAGAAACUGUGGUUUCUAUAACCCAAAGCUUGGGCAGUGGUAUCAACUACCAGAUUUUCCCAACUACAAUAAAUGGGGUUAUUCUAUUGUAUCUUUAAACAACAACGUAUAUGUCACAGGAGGAUCAAGAGGGUCUCAGACGAACACUUGGUCCACCACAGAGACCUGGAAGUAUAUCACUCGCCAAGGAAAGUGGAUCACAGUUGCGCCAAUGUUGCGACCCAGGACUAACCACUCCUCUGCUACUCUCAAUGGAGAGAUUUAUGUAAUGGGGGGAACUACAAUGGAUUUUGUGGAGGUUGAACAUUAUGACCCUUUCAGUAAUUGCUGGACUCUCACUGGCCCAGCGCUGAAGUAUGUGACUAACUUUACAUCCACCUCAUGUAAUGGAAAGCUGUACCUCAUUGGCUCUUGUGCUGUUAAAUAUAAUGCCCUAACUAUGCAGUGCUACAACCCUGUCAUAGAUAGCUGGAGUAUCAUCUGUUCACCUUAUAUUCCCAAAUAUCUCUCAUCUCCUCGCUCUGUCUCUAUGGAUGGAGUCAUUUACCUUGUAGCAGACAACACCAAAAAAGUCUAUCUGUAUGACCCUGACAGUAAUAUGUGGGAAAAAAUUCAAUACCUACACACUCUUCAUGAAAAUGGGGACUUGGUGGUUCUAGGUAGGAAACUGUAUGUCACUGGUGGGCACUGGAAGGGCAUGGAGGGGGAUUACGGUGUGGAGGUGGAGAUAUACAACCGAGCAUCCAAUACUUGGAAGGUGGAAUGCUUCCUUCCCAGGCUCUGGACCUACAGUGGCUAUUGUUCUAUCUUUCUGGACACUUCCCAGUGGACUGAACUCUUUCCUGAUGAGAUUUAGGGUCUUCUAUCAUCUGCCUUAAUACUGUUUGAGGACUGUUUUGCAUUUUCCAACUGUAUGUUGGUGAUUAUCUUUUAGCAAAAUAAAAUAAAUAAAACAGCUUACUGCAUAAAAUAAAAAACUUUUUUUUUGUAUUUGAUGUAUUUAAAAUUUUGUAGGCUAUGUAUGACUGUGUAUUAAGAAAAUUAUUUUUUUCUCUCUAAUUGGACCUUUACCCAGGCAGCAAGUAAUUUAUACCUAUACUCUCUGGCCAAUAAAACUUAGAGUAAGUCGCCUUUAGUUUUUUGUUUUUUAUUAUGUUGCCAUGUUUCAACCCUAUAUCACGACAUUGCGUGACUAUUUCACGCAUGGACCAGCGUGACAAUGUCACGCUUUGCCGCGUUUGAGCGUGUGCAUGUCACGCUUUCUGUUUGUGUCGCUGUCACGUAUUGGUUAAUCAACUUUUUUGUCCUAUUUUCAAACCAUUGUCGCUUCGGUUUAGGGUUAGAUUUGGUGCUUGUGUUAUAUGUCACUUUAAGUAUUUGUCACUUUAAGUAUUGGGUUAUAAAAUAAAAAGAUACAAUACUUAUUCUUUUAUAUUUUCUAAACUUUAACCAAUUGUCACCUGACGUUGGGGUUAGAGUUUGUUUAGGUAAGGGUGUCAUUUUAUGUAAAUCUAACCCUAAACCGAAGCGACAAUGGUAAGAAAUUAGGACAAAAAAGUUGAGUAACCAAUACGUGACAGCGACACAAACAGAAAGCGUGACAUGCACACGCUCAAACGCGGCAAAGCGUGACAUUGUCACGCUGGUCCAUGCGUGAAAUAGUCACGCAAUUUUUAUUUGUCAAAGUGAUAGUUUAUCUAAAAAACAAAAGCUUUGUCAUUACUUACUCACCCUCAUGUCGUUUGACUCCCAAUGUCUUGCUUUGUUGUUUAAAAACUGCAAAAUAAAUGCAGAUUUAAAAAAAAA